AUGUUUUUCUUGGUCCCGAUAUUACGACUCUACUGGGGGACGGCCCAUUUGCUGCUUAGCUCCACCUUCACUUACUUUGGUGCAAAGCGUAUAAAGUCUCAAAACAUGCCCUGGAUCGUAUUUGCGUUUGUUAUGGCGCAUCUUCUAGUCAACCACGCGUAUCGUACUGCAUAUCUCACCUUGGAUGAUCUCGAAAUCACGGGAACUCAAAUGGUCCUUGUUAUCAAGCUCUCCACAUUUGCUUGGAACAUCUACGAUGGACGUCAACCAACAGAGUCUUUAGAUCAUUCUCAGCUUGCAACUAGAGUACAAGAAUACCCUAGCCUACUUGAAUUUCUCGGCUACGUGUUCUAUUUUCCUGGUCUACUUGUUGGCCCUGCAUUUGAAUUCGUGUCGUAUCGUUCAUUGAUCGAUGAGACGAUCUUCGUACCACCUGAAAGCUCCUCCAAUGGUGGAUCCCAAGUUUCCGAGAAGAACGACUCAGUUCCCAAGAUAAAACGACGAGUCCCAGCUGGCCGUAAACGAGUGGCCUACCUUAAGUUUGCCCAGGGAUUAGUGUUUCUACUGCUCUUUACUCUCUUCAACCCUCAGUUCAAUUAUGGCAUGAGCGUAGACCCUAAAUGGAGCGCGAGGCCAUUCUGGUACAAGCUGGGAACGACCCAAUUGUUUGGAUUUGUUACUCGAACCAAGUACUAUGGCGCCUGGUCUCUCACUGAGGGUGCCGCCAUCUUGUCCGGUCUAGGUUUCAACGGUUUUGAUGCUACGGGUCAGCCACGCUGGGAUAAAACCGCCAACAUCGACAUCAAAAAUAUCGAAUUUGCUCCGAACUUCAAGGUUUUACUAGAUAGCUGGAAUAUCAACACCAACGUUUGGUUGCGCAACUGCAUUUAUAAGCGUGUCACGCCCCAAGGAAAACGGCCUGGGUUCAAGAGUAGCAUGUUGACUUUCUUGACCAGCGCACUCUGGCAUGGAUUCUGCGGUGGAUACUACCUCACGUUCAUUCUAGGAGGUUUUAUACAAACUGUUGCCCGGCAAUGUCGUACCUUCCUACGACCCCUUUUUGCCCCGCCAUUAUUAUCACCUCCCCCCAAGGGCCAGAAAAAACAAGCAACAAAAGUCCUUUCAUCAUCUCCACCCCCCACGCUAUCAAAACGCGUAUACGAUUUCUUGGGCAUUGUUUGCACGCAACUAAUCUUGAACUAUGUAGCAGGGCCGUUCUGUUUGUUGACCAUUUCAGCUUCAAUUAAAUCUUGGAGCAACAUGGCUUGGUAUGGACACAUUAUGGUUUUCGUUCCUCUGCUAUUCUUCAAGUCACCGGCCACAGGCCUUUUGAAAAAUAUGGCCACUCAGAGGGAAGAGCGUGCAAGGUUUUUGGCCCGAGGAACUCCGGAGUUGGUUGUCCUCCCGCCCACACCAGCAACGGAUAAAUUUUCGGAUUCUCCCGACGUCGUUGGUCCAAUUCAUAAAACCAUAGACGAGUCUAGAAAGGAUACAUAA